UACAUCACCAGAGUUGGAGGGGCUGCAGUGGUUUAUGGAGAAUGUAUCAUCAGAGUGAAGAGGGGGACCUCACCGGUGUAUGGAGGGAGUGUGCAACCAUAGUAUUGGGCGGUACAGUCUUGCUUUUUAGAGGGGGUGCAUCAGAAGUGCAUGAAGAUGGGAACAGCAUUGGGGGGGGGGGUUGCAACACCAGACUGAGACUACUGGUUCCAGCGCUCACCUAGAGAAUGCUUGGAGGGGGUGUCAAUCCCUCUCUGUGCAAAGGGAGACUUUGGCACCGAUCUGGAGAUCACAGGGGUCCCAACUUUCGACUCCUGCGAUCAGAUAUUUAUCCCCUGCCCUGAAAGUGUUGUAUAGAAAAACCGGUGAAAAUGAUUAGUUGCUGAAUUGAACACCGGUUUGAACAUGUCUGCUGAUGGGGGGUUUGGUGCAGCAAACAGUGAUGCACAGCAGAGCUUACAGUCGUUCUGGCCAAGGGUUAUGGAGGAUAUCCGAAAUCUAACAGUGAAAGAUUUCCGUGUCCAGGAGCUUCCGUUGGCUCGAAUUAAAAAAAUCAUGAAGCUUGAUGAAGACGUUAAAAUGAUCAGCGCGGAAGCUCCAGUACUGUUUGCCAAAGCUGCCCAGAUUUUUAUAACUGAAUUGACCCUGCGUGCCUGGAUUCACACAGAGGACAACAAAAGGAGGACUUUGCAGAGGAACGAUAUCGCCAUGGCGAUAACAAAGUUUGACCAGUUUGAUUUCCUAAUUGACAUUGUUCCCCGGGAUGAGCUAAAACCUCCAAAGCGCCAGGAAGAAGUUCGGCAAGCAGUGACUGCAGCAGAACCCGUCCAAUACUACUUUACAUUGGCCCAACAACCAGCAGCCGUACAAGUCCAGGGACAGGCAGGCGGUCAGCAGACUACUACUUCAACUACUACCCUCCAGCCUGGCCAGAUUAUCAUUGCUCAGCCACAACAAGGACAGAGUGCACCAGUAACUAUGCAGGUGGGAGAAGGUCAACAAGUGCAGAUUGUCCAGGCCCAACCACAAGGUCAAAGCCAGCAAGGUCAGGGUGGAGCAGGACAAACCAUGCAAGUUAUGCAGCAAAUAAUCACCAAUACAGGAGAGAUCCAGCAGAUUCCGGUGCAGCUCAACACAGGGCAGCUUCAGUACAUACGUCUUGCUCAGCCUGUGUCUGGAACACAGGUUGUGCAGGGACAGAUUCAGACCCUAGCAGCCAAUGCACAACAGAUUACGCAAGCAGAAGUACAACAAGGUCAGCAGCAAUUCAGCCAGUUCACUGAUGGACAGCAAUUAUAUCAGAUACAGCAAGUAACCAUGCCUGCUGGUCAGGAUAUCACACAGCCCUUGUUCAUCCAGUCAAGUGGUCAAGCAACUGAUGGACAAGCUACUCAGGUCACUGGAGACUGAUAAAAUGAUCAGAGGGUGAUUGGGGCAAUAAAGACAGCACAGGCAUUUAUUAACAUGUGGAAAGACUGGCGGAUUCUCUGACUUCAGCACAUCGAAUUGAGAAGUCUGCCGUUUGAUACAUUUCUAAUAAGGUGGAACGUUCAGUCCGGCAGGAUAUCUGUGCACAACAUCGAGAUCUGCAAAUCACUGUAGUAAGCACCAAAGUAGGUGGACAUUUGUACCCAGCAGCCCUGACACAAAGAACUUCAUAAGCCCCAAUGCACUUGACUGCAUUGUGUGUUUUUAGCAGUUGUCUUGUUCACACUUUAUAAUAAACAAACUUGAGCAAAAAUUUCAAAAUGCCAUUGGGGUUCCAUGCGGCAUCCCUUCUAAAAGGGCUAGAUUGUUUAUCUGCCUCUGCAAAAUAUAUUAACAGAAUUUGCCCCUUCAUCAUAUUCGGAUCCUUUCCUAGGUUUUUAUUUUUCUUCUCCGCAAUCCUGCCUUUUUGUAAACCUCUAAUGGAAGGAAGGGAAAUUUAUGUAACCCCUUUUGGCUUCCUAUCCUUUUCAGCUGUUUGUGAUUGAAAUUGGUAAAUGUGAACAGGGGAUUGAACGUUAUAAAUAUAUAUAUAUAUAUUUGUUUUCUUUUUUUUAUUUUUAAGUAUUGUGCUAGUCUGAAUUGAAUGCAUGUGAAAUCUUUGCACAGACAGCAAUAAAGUUUCUUUUUAGAUACACUUUUCUU